GAGAGACGGACAGAAGGCCGGCCAUCAUAGUAGAAAUGCAGUGGUGAUGUGUUGAUGAUGAAUGUCCUCGGUGUUCAGGCACGUUGUGGACUCGCUCGGAGCACAAAAACGAUCCUUGAUAAUCGUAUCUCGUAUCUCGUUCAGCUGAGGACUGGUAUCCCUGAAGAUGCUAAAAUUGGCGGGGAGCCAUUCAUCUGAGUCCUUAGCCCCGGGUCCAGGCUUCCGGUGUCAUCCAACAACCAACAAACUUUGUAUCCGAUGACCCCAAAAGGCGAGAUGCUGCUUUCUUUAAACCUCCGCCGUGUUCAUAUAUCGUGCCAAUGCGAGAGUUUCUGCCAUGCACUGCUGGGAAAUCCGUUUCCCUCCCAGUUCAUGCUAUCAGCAGUGCCCGAUACUGAGGGCAUGGUUCAGGUGACUGGAUACUGCAGGUCUCAAUGAUGGUAUGCGCCUUCUACCGGCCAUUUUUCGCCGGUUGCUGGCCGCCGGCUGCGCAGGGCUGCCUCGAGCUGGACAGGAGUUAAUGAAUUGACGUUGAUGGAAAUACCAAGCCUUUCAAAGAACAAAAGCAAGGCCGUAUGACCAUGGCUGCUCCUGCAUCUCGGUCUAGUCUGCUUAACAAAUGGCCAACAUUGAUCUGCAGAUGGCCACGAGAUAUUCUCUGUGGCAGCACGAAGCUAGGUCAGCACCUACUUUUUGCAUUGAAGCUCACACUCGAGAUGGAUGUUGUGGUGGACGCGAAGUGGCAAUGUUGAGUCAGGGAUAAAGUGUUUGGUUCGUGCCGUUGUGGAAUACUUGCCCUGUGGUUUCUUUGACGGUUCAACUUCGCUGGCGAUAUUCGUUCUUGUUGCUUGUCCUAAGUUAAUUCCAAGCACAGUCGGCGUUGUGUAUCCUGUGGCAGAUCUCGCGUUAUGGUUAUGUUGCCUUUAGCUGUUUUCGCGUUUACUACUAUCAGAUCUCAACUCGCGUCAACUCGCUCCACAACCUCCUUUACCAGAAUCUGUCUUUGCAUACCUGCCAACGCACCUACGCAUGGAUAUCCCUCUGUCUCUUAUUCUCGCAGACGAUGUCUUUUGUACACGCACGUUAGCAUGCAUAUGAGUACCGUCUCAGUCACUCGUGUUUCCACAACGCUCAUUGUGGGAUUGGACGCCAAAUUCACCAGCACCAUCCUUUUCUGUCCGCUCUGCGCCAUCUCUGUUUCCUUCUUCUCUUUCUCAUCCUCUUUCUUCUUCUCCCUCUGGUUCUCUCUAACGUUCACCCUGAACUGCCCGGAGUCCUCAACUGCUUCUUUCGUUGGUAGUUAGCUUCAAAUCGAAGCAACUGCUUGGCCUCCUCUCUGUUGUGCGCAUACACCUAUUGUGCCACCAACUGCCCGCAAACAUUCCCUUUUCCAAUCUUGCCUCAAGGACGCAACCAUCAGUACACACUUCUGCGGUCACUUCUACGAGAAGUAAGCCGUUUGGCCGCCCGCCAUGGCCCGUCGGCGGCAGGCUGCAAUGGAUCUUGACGAUUCAGAUCGAGAUCAUGGACCAACUCCAAUGUCUCCAAACACUCGGAAGAAGGAAGACCUGAAGAGAAUCAUGGAUGAAGAUUUAGGCCAGGCCACUGCGGACUACAUCACAACCAGCGAUUAUGGCCCACGGCGAGCACCCAUCAUGCCCAUUAUCCCGAAGUCCGCACGGGCAGGGACCGAGGAAGCAAGAAUUGCCAGUCAAAAUUCUUCGAAGGCAAACUUGUGGCGUACUUUCGGCGACACCGACGAGGCAAAGAUCACCUCUGCCGGGGUCGACCCUCUUGCCGGCGGCACGGAUGGGAACAGCCAUCGAUAUCGAACACAGCAGGAGAGGCUGGAGAAAGAGAAAGAACUCGGCCGUGCGAUAGACCUGAACGACACGUAUGAUGACCGUGCAUUUCGACCGGGUGGUGGCCGUGGCGGACAAAAUCUCUUCGGCAAUCGGAAGAGUGGGGAUAGUAGGAAGCCCGCUGGUCCCAAUCCAGGCUCCUACAAGAAGUCCACCCGAGGCCCUGCUAGCCUUACUGCUGCAUCCCUCAGAGCAAUUCCCUCCACGGUUAGCCCAUUGAGGAGCAAGAAAGCCAAUGCUCAGUCAAAAGCGUCUUCUACCACAAGCAGCAAGCCUGCGCAGGCACGAUCGGCCACAGGAAAUGCCCGUGCCCAGAACCUGCCCUCGCGUCCGUCAUACAUCGGCGCCCUGUCCGCGGAUCCGUCGCUGUUUCUGUCGCAGGCGACCCAGUAUUCGGGUUCGCUGCCACAGCCCAAUCUGCAGGGACAGCAGGAGAACAACAACAUACCAGCGUCUGCAAAGCCUACCCAGGCUGGCCACCAGGUUGCCCCUGAACAACAUUUGACGAUAAAUUGUGGCGGUGGACGGGUUCGAAAGGUGCCCUUCAGCUUGUCUGCCGUUCCCACCAAUGCCACUGUGGCACGUCGUGACUUAUCGACACAUACUGAUGGAGUAUCAGGCCAGGCAGCAUUGUCUGGAUUCUCCGCCUCGUCAGUAAAGACAGAGCAGCUUCCGGCCUCAGUCAAUAUCACAGAAGACCUCAUCGGUCUCGGAAUCCAGGAUGAAGCUGGUGGUGUCGGACUUCAGGAUUACAAUGGUGUCAGUCCCCAGGUUGGAGUCUCGGACUCAGUCUCGCAGAAUGGCAGUCUCUUGGACUCGCCCAUUCCUGAGGGUACGAGCAACAAUAUCCUCGUCGCCGGGAAGGACAAGGUUGUUCUCAUCAACGGUGUUCGAUACGUCCCUGAAGCCCAGGUAUUGGCCUUGAAAGAAUCACUCUCAGAGACUGUAGCGAAGCCUGACAAAGCUGCCGACGGAGCUGAAGCAGCGGCGCGAGAAAUCACCGUCCACAAAACUGCUCAUGCAGACCCAAUCAGCGAGCCUGAACAGAUGCCUGCGGCCGAACCAGCUGCUUCAAACAACAUCUCGCGAGCGACUUUGAGGACCAAUCCGUUCCAACCUCGGGAGCCAAUUGCUCCAGAGAAUAAGAAGAUCCCCGUCGUGCCGUCAUCGACCGCAGUCACAUCCGAGCUUCUACUACCAGCGAAACCUCGUACAUUUGACGAGGCUUUGGUUAUGGCUGCGCGGAACAACUGGAACAUGUCUGUCAACGCAUCGGCGCCAAAACAACCUCCCGUGGAGGCUCGAAGCUUGUCACCGGCCGAUACCAAGGCCAGCACGAAACCAAAAUCAGUCGUGACUUCAAAGACCAUUGUUUCGAAAUGGGCUUCAGCGGCACCGACGACGAACGCUGCAUCGGCAUUGACCGCUCCUGCGCUGAUGCCACCGAAUCCAGCAGAUCCAGAUCAUCGCCGUGCACCGUCGAUUUUUGGUGAAAAGACUGCAAGCCUCGUCGCUCCGUCAUCGGCUGCUAUGCCAAAGAUCAUCACCAGCACCUCAACGUCUCCCAAGCCACUGAUCGGCGACAAUCGCGCAUUUGGCAAUCGACGAGCUCUCGCCAAUGCCGGUCUAGAAGAACAUGAUGAGCCUGUGCAGCCGCCGACAAUGCCGCUGGCCGAUAGGAUAGACAAGAUGCGCAUGGACCGCAAAUUCCACGGUCCCGGCGAUGGAUACAAGCGGCUGUUGGUCGAUUUGCAAAGUGCUGCUAAGCGUCCCGAAACCUAUGGAGUCGUGGCACCUUCGGGUCUGAUCUUCACGCAUAAUGGGCAGUCCGCUGCCGAUGACUCGGACGAUUCGGAAUUGUGAAACAGAACGCAAGACGAGCGACACGUGUUUCGGCGCUUAGUGCCCACCACUGGCCAAAAAGGUUAAUUCUUUUUCUUUUUUUCGAAAACCGAGCGUUGUGCUUGCAUGAUUGUUGAAGAAGUCAAUUUCAGUUUGCGCGAUACCCGAAGUUCAUGGAUGAGCAGGUCUAAUGGAGAGGGGACAUUUGGGAAGUCAUGGUCGCUAUCUUUCGGUUCUGCUGCGGGUGGGUGAAAAGUGAGGUGCUGUGCAGUGCUGCGAGAGUUGAAUAACCUCCUGGCCUGGCAUCAAAGCAACCAACCGCCUACCUUUUUUCUCUGCGGAACAAGACACCGUCAAAGAAGUAGAGUCGGGGUCGGUGGACGAAGGUGGCUCCUAGACCAGAUUCCCAGUCCUUUUGUAUGUACGAUUACUAGUGCACCCCAGUUGAUACAAAAAGUUUUAGACAAAAGAUAAACACUGGAUUUUUAAAUCCUUGGUCCGA